AGACAAGCCACAAGUGUGAAAACACUCCAGUGCACGGCUGUGGUCGUUACGACACCGCUGUGCUACUUUACGGCUCGGUGUGACGUGGACGUCACCACAGCAAUGGCGGACGCUGUAGAGGAAGUACUUCAAAGCAGCUGGGACGAGGACCUAGCCGAGGCUCUGGACUCUGUAGGUGGGGAUCAGGAUGCUGAGAAAGAUGGCAUCAUUCAGGUCCAAAACCUGCUGCCUCCUCAAAGAGCCAAGCUUUGGAUGAUUGCUCUAAAUGUAGCAGGUAAAGGAGACAGUUUGUCCUCAUGGGACGGGGCUUUGGAUUUACCAGAGCAGACGCUCAUACACAACCGAAGCCAGCAGCUCAUUGAUCAGCUGGGCCUUCCUGCAGAGGAGGGGCGGGACCUAGUGGGAGAUGUGGAGGCAGUGAUCACUUUCUAUUGUAAGUCAAGAAAUGUGACGUUCACAGCUGAACUCUGCUGGCCCAACCUGCUCAAACCUCUUCUGGGCCUCCAGUUAGCCCGCAGCGACCUCUACAACUGCUUCUACGCCAUCAUGAAUAAGUACAUUCCCAGGGACUGUGUAGCAAAGGGGCGCCCGUUCCACCUGUACAGACUGCUGCUGCAGUACCACGAGCCUGAACUCUGCUCAUUCCUCGACACCAAAAAGAUCACACCAGACUGCUAUGCCAUGAACUGGUUGGGCAGUCUGUUCUCUAGCCACUGUCUUCCUGAGGUCACUCAGGCCUUGUGGCACAUCUACUUCCAGCAGGCCGACCCCUUCCUCAUCUUCUUCCUUAUGCUAAUCAUUCUUGUCAAUGCCAAAGACAUGAUUCUUUCCCAAGAAGGAGACAGUAAAGAGGAGCUCAUAAAAAUGCUGGAACAGUCACCUACCUUGUUGGAGGCUGAGGACAUUGAAGAUCUGUUUUCACUUGCACAGUAUUACCAAAGCAAGACGCCCCUCUCUCUCCGAAAGGAGAACCAGAACCUGUUUGGCAGCAGUCUGGUGGCUCUGAAGGAGGAGGACAUGGACCUGAGUCAGGCUCUAUGUCUCCCUGUCUCUGUACCUGAGAUCCUGCAGGCCAAUCAGCUCCAGUCUGAGGGAGUGCGCUUCUUUGUAGUGGACUGUCGACCAGCAGAGCAGUACAACGCUGGCCACUUGUCCACCGCCUUUCACCUGGACUCUGAUCUGAUGUUGCACAAUCCGUCCGAGUUUGCUCUGUCUGUGAAGUCUCUGCUGGAGACACAAAAGCAGUCUCUGGAGUCGGGCUCAGUGGCCAGCGGUGAACAUCUGUGCUUCAUGGGCAGUGGGCGUGAGGAAGAAGACAUGUACAUGAACAUGGUUCUUGCUCACUUCCUGCAGAAAAACAAGGAGUAUGUCAGCAUCGCUAAAGGUGGAUUUAUGGCACUGCAGCAGCACCUGGCAGACAUUAACGUAGAAGGGCCAGACAAUGUGUAUGUCCAUUGGAUAGUCAGCACUUCAGGAUCCCACAGCAGCCUCAGCUCAGCAGACGGGGAGCUGAAUAUCACAGGGGAUGGCAAAGGCGUCAAAUCCCUUGUCAACAAAAUGACCUUUGCCCUUAAAUCCAAGUCAGUUAAUGUGAAAGAGAAAGUGAUCAGCUUUAUUGAAAACACCUCAGCUCCAGUGGACAGACUAUCUUUCACUCUUCCCUGGCCAGAGAAGGGGAUACCUGAUCGGCAUGUGAGCAGCAGUGACAGAGUGGGUAAACCCUACAGGGGCGUGAAGCCUGUCUUCAGCAUCGGCGAUGAGGAGGAAUACGACACGGAUGAGAUUGACAGCUCUUCAAUAUCAGAUGAUGACCGCAAAGAGAUAGUGAACAUACAGACAUGGAUUAACAAACCAGAUGUGAAGCACCACUUCCCGUGUAAUGAGGUGAAAGAGACUGGACACAUGUUCCCCAGCCACCUGCUAAUCACAGCGACACACAUGUACUGUCUGAGGGAGAUCGCCUCACGUAAAGGAUUCGCCUACAUCCAGUCCAGACAGGCGUUAAGCUCUGUGGUGAAGAUCACCUCGAAAAAGAAACAUCCCGAGCUAAUCACUUUCAAGUUUGGCAACAACAACUCUGCUGGAGUGGAAAUUAUGGCUGUAGAACGGUAUUUGAUCCCUAAUGCUGGUGAUGCCACUAAAGCCAUCAAGCAGCAGAUCAUGAAGGUUCUGGAUGCUCUGGAGAGCUCAUAGAGUCGCUGUUGCUCUGAGGCUGCACUCCGGCUGUAUGCAGUGAGACUGCCAUGACUAACACAAGUCAGCACAACUGUGCAGAGGCAUAGUCUUUCUUUCCUUUCAUCCCAUUUCUCUCUCUCUCUCUCUCUCUCUCUCUCUCUCUCUGUGUGAACGGUUUCCUGGGACAGUACUGACAUUCAGUGUUGCUGAUCACAUCCAUGGGAGACACUCAAGAUUUCAACAGAAGCCGUCAUUCUGUUUAGCCUUUGGCAUUUUCUUCUUGUCCCUGUCAAGAAAAUCUACCCCUUUAGGUGUAAGGUUGGACUUGUCGCCUCAGUCUGGAUGUCUGUCAAGCCUUAAUCCUGUCGCUAAUCCACUGUUUUUUAUGCGAGGGACUCAAAGGCAGAGCCUGCGGUGAGAUAAAGGACUCAAGCCUUGAAAUGCUCAGUGUUUCAUUCAUCUUGUUUAAUUUAUGGAUAUUCUCAUCAUUCAGUCGUUCAUUUAAUCACUGCAGUACACUUUUGAUGAGUUCUGUGCAUAUUUAUCCGAGCAGUAUUUAUGCCUGCAAGUUAAGACCGCUGAAUCGAUGCCGUAUUUAUAUUUGAAACUGUUGUGGAACGUAGUGGAGCACAAAAGUGAUGCACAGGUGAUGUUUGUCACCAUGCAACAUCUAACACAUGCACUCUUCAGUCGUUCCCACGUAUGUCACUUAAAUAACUGAUCUCGUAAAUAUAAUUAACUCAGAAAUGAGUCAUUCCUCAUGGUCUAUGCUUGCAGCCUUAAAGCAGAUGUGAAAGUUAAGAGAAGCAGUCUGUGGGUGAGUAAUAUUUGUAUAUACUGUAAAACUGUACCUAAUGGUAGGCUCUGGAAAAAUUUAUUUAUGAACAGACACUGAGAACGCUGACGCCACUAAUAAGAGCAGCCUCACUGAGGAUCAUGUUUUGUAAUUAAAAUAUUUGACAUUAAAGUCAUGGUUUGAUGUGACCAGGAUGAUAAUAAAAACAAAUGAUACAGCAGGCCACUGUGACCCUUUAUCAUAACUCCUAAUCAGCGUUUUGAGUGUAAACACAUGGUUCUGUUUAUGAACUGACUCAUAGACAGAACCAUGUUCUGUGACUCAUAGGACAGGUGAAGAAAGAAUCGACAGGUGAAGAGAGUUCACAUCGCUGGUAAAUUCAUUAACCAUUUGCUUUACAAACAAAUCUCAGCUUUUCAGCUUGUAUACAUUUUCUGUUGAAACAACAUUAUUGUUCUUUGUAAAAUUUUUUGUUUUAAUAAAUUUAUAAGUAGCCUACAAA